AUGAUUCAAGGAAGAUUCGUCAAAAUUCUUUUGCUCGUCUUAGCUGCCUCAAUGAUCUUAGACUCAUCAGCUAUUAAAAUAAAGGAUAAGCUUAAAGCAAAUACUGCAUCAGAAUAAUUCUUAUACUCUCAAACUAAUGAUGCCGCAUCUGCUGGUGCAAAAUAAUUCCUUUACGCACAAACUAAUGACGCCUCUUAAGCAGAUGCAAACCAAUUCCUUUACGCACAAGCAAAAGAUGGAGCAUCAGCUGAGGCAAAUUAGUUCCUUUACGCAUAAGCAAAUGAAGCUUCAUCUGCUAAAGCAAAAUAAUUCUACUACCCCUGA